UGCCUUCUCAGGUGCAGAAGUAGCCAAAGAUGAGGGGCAAGGAGCAGCGGCAGUAUUACCACGGCAAGGACAGUGUCCCCCCCCACCCCACCCCCUUCACCCUGCAGCUUCCUUCUCCUUGGGCAGUCCCAGUGUGUCCCCCAUGAAGCUAAGAGCCCCAGGCUCUGGGGCUCUGUCAGGAUGGAAAUGAAGCAAGGCUGGCAGGGCCUAUUGGAAGAGGUGUGAUCCAACUCUCGGAUACAAUGUGUGAGAAGACACUGGCACCAGCUGAGACUAGAACGAGGCAGGCAAUGUGUUGGCAAAGCAGCACCCUCUCCUGACUGCGUGUGUAAUUAAGGUUUAAAAUCCUCAUUAAACAUUAGGCUGCCAAGUUGAGUUGGGGCCCAGAUCCGGGUUGCCCCCAAAACUGGUUCAGAUCUGAUCCCAAGUGCUUGAUCAGGCCCCAGAUCAGAUCAGGGUGAUGGUGCACAGACCUCAUUUAUACCAUGGAAGAGCCAAUGGAAUAUAAGAGGAGAAACCUGUAUAUCUAGCAGCUGUUAACUUGAAUUCCCCGUCAUUACAAAAGAACCAGUUCAGACAGGUUUCCCCAGAAAUCCUGCGACGAGUUAGCAUUGCAUCCCAUUUGAGCAAUGGCCUGCAGUUGUUUGGAUGGGUGUCACAUGGUUAUGUAACAAAUUCUCAGAGAUGAUUACUUCCUCAGUGGGCGGCUGUCACCUGACAUACAGAACUUAUGCUGUUGGUUGCCACAUGGGUCAAAGAGAGCCAUCCUGGUUGCAUGUUUGAGACCAAACCAGCCUUGCUUGUUAUUUGAUCCUGCGGAAGCACCAGGACAUUGGCUCUCACUCUGCAGUGUCCUGUGCUCUGCAGGGAAGAAUGGAGCCACAGCGGGGCGAGAUGCUGAUGAGGAACAACCAGGAAUGGUGCCCAGAGAGAAGGAAAGAGGAGCAGCCCAAGGCAGCAGAUGUGACUGGCGGAGGACCACUGCAGGGAGCGUCUCCUUUAAGCCCCAAGGUGGUGCCAGUAGAGGGGAACGGUUGCCAGGAUGGAGGUGAGAGGAGGCUAGGACAAGGGGUCUCCCCAAGCCGAGAGGACGCAGGUGUCAAGGGACAGCUGCCAAAUGGCUCCAGAAGAGAAGGCCCUUCGGAAGAGGAGAUUUCAGAAGAACACAGCCUAAGGGCCCCCCAAGGCAAUUCAGGCCUAGGCAAAGAUGGAAGUCUCACUUCACCCCAAGGAAACAAGAUGAGCAUAUUUAAAAGACCAGCCAAGGAGGACCUGGAGCCAACUGGAGGGAGGAGGUCUGAGGAAUCCCUGAUGCGGGAGCUCUCUGAAAUGGUCCAGGAUGUGGUGAAGAACAGCAGCUGGUGGGAGAGGCAUGGCAUUGACGGCACAAUCAUCGCUUUGAACCUUCUCUCCCUGCCAGUAGGGUUCCUGCUUCUGCGUUCUGACAAUCUGUUUCCUUUCCUGUUGGGCAUUGCCAUCUUGGGUGUGGUACAUCAAACCCUCGCUGUGAAGGGGAGCCACCUGGCCACCCACAAUGCUCUGGCAGAGUCCAAGUCCUGGGGGAAAAUAUGGGCCAUAUUCUUCCUUGAGGUUUGCACUGCUUUCACGGCAGAACAGGCGUCCUACAACCAUGUGAAAAUCCACCAUGCUUACACAAAUGUCAUCGGCCUGGGAGACUCUAGCACAUGGAAGCUUCCCUUCCUGAACCGCUAUGUUUACAUGUUCAUUUCACCCAUCGCAGUGCCCAUCCUCACCCCUUUUGUAGCCAUUGGCUUGCUUAAAGAAGUUGAAUUGAAGACAGCCAUCCGGACGCUCUGUUGCAUGUUUGUUGGCCUAUACUCCCAUUACUGGCUGCUGAUCAACAUCUCAGGUUUCCAGUCCAUGUGGUCUGCUCUCAGUUGCAUGCUGGUCACACGAGCUCUCCUUUCUCACCCUUACAUCCAUGUUAAUAUCUUCCAGCAUAUUGGCCUCCCAAUGUUCGCAGCUGACAAAAAGCCCAAACGGAUUCACAUGAUGAGCUGCGGCGUUCUGAACUUGCCUCGGAAUCCCCUGCUGGACUGGGCCUUUGGGCACUCGAUCAUCAGCUGUCACGUGGAGCAUCAUCUCUUCCCAACACUUUCUGAUAACAUGUGCCUGAAGAUCAAGCCAAUUGUUUCCCGGUACUUGAAAGAGAAGAAGUUGACAUACAAUGAGGAUUCUUAUUGGUCCCGCCUGAAGUUGUUCCUGGCCAAAUAUGAAGAACUAAUGGUUCACGCACCACCUAUUUCUGAACUUGUUGGGAUUCAGUGACGACUCUUCUAGGACACACAGCUAUUAUAAACCUAAGGCAAGACUGCUCUUUCCCAGGAUCAAGAAUUUUAGAAUUCAGAUUAGGAACUGGAUCAAGCUAUCAAGGGGAACACCAGCAUGUCUUUAAUAUCUUCCAUAUGGACAAGUAGAUAACCUUUUGGAUAAGAAACUGCAUCUGCUCAGUGAUGUGUCAAAGGGGAGAUCAGUUGCUCCUAUAGAAGAGAUAUUUUUAAUACCUGGACUCCCCUCCCCGCUCUCUUUUAAUUUUGCACACCAACAACUUUGAUGCAUCCUUCCCAUGAAUUAUAGGGUAGGGAUGGCGAACCUGCAGACCCUCCAAUCAAGACAUGGCUAGAUUAGAAUUUCAUUAUCCCUAACCAUGUUUGCUGGGGCUGAUGAGAGUUAUGUUUCAGCAACAAAUGGAGAGCCACAAGUGUGCCACUCCUGCUGUAACGGCUGGGUCAUGCGUUAUCCCCCCCCCCCAUUUAAACAAAUGUAAUGUUCAUGUCAGGAAACACUUGCACACGGCAAGAUGGUUGAGUGCUGUUCCCCUGCACAACUUUGGUGUAUGGCUCAGAUCAGAUUGAUGCUGAUUUAUGAAUCCACAAUAGAGGAAAUUUCAUACUGCUUUCCAUACAUUACAACAGAACAUGAAAUGUGUGGAGGUUCUGUCUGCAAGGGGGAAAGUAACACAUGAAAGAUCAAGUUGACUCCUGUCCCAGCGCGGAAAGUAUAACUCAGGGACUUUGUUAAAUUUAGCUAAAUCACUUUGUUAAGUCAAGCCUCCAAUCUAGGACAAUUGAAAAGGUGAUACUUCUCCAUGGAAUGAUUGAUGGGCCUUGAAGGCAAAUGUCUCAAACUGCCAAAAUGGAAGUUACCUCUACAAAUGAUGACAGCCAAUAACCCAUGGAUGGUAGACGUCUUACAAGAAUGACGAUGUGGGGGAAGCCUAUAUUAAAGACUGCUGCUGUUGAAAUUAUUAUGCAAUUGGGGGGGGAGGGGAUAGGAAGAAAAUGAAUUCUUAUAACCCCCCUCCCCUAAAAUUUUCUGCGAUGGAGAACUUACGUUCUUGAGAUAAAACUGGGAAUGCAAAUUUA